GUGCGUGCGUGCGUACGUGCUCGCUCGCGGUGGCGGCGGCGGAUCGGAGAGGCCAGAGCCGGAGACCGAGCUGGGAUCGGGCCCCGGGCGGGGGCGGUGCGAGCGGCGCCAAGCGGAUCCUGGGGGCGGGGACGGAGCCGGGGCGGGCGGGACUGGAGCGGAGGCCGGGAACUAGGCGGGAGGUCCCAGGGUCUCGGGUUAGGGGGGUGGAGCCGCACUUCGUCGCCGCGGGGGUGCCGGGACUCCGGCCUCAGUGCCGCCGCCAUCACGGACUUCCUGUGGGACAAGCGCACGGGCCUCGCCGCCAGAACGAUGCCUCAUCCUCGAAGGUACCACUCUUCAGAGAGAGGCAGCCGGGGGAGUUACCACGAACACUAUCGGAGCCGAAAGCAUAAGAGACGAAGAAGCCGCUCCUGGUCAAGCAGCAGUGACCGGACACGGCGGCGCCGACGAGAAGACAGCUACCAUGUCCGUUCCCGGAGCAGCUAUGAUGAUCGUUCAUCCGACCGGAGGGCGUAUGACCGGCGAUACUGUGGCAGCUACAGGCGCAACGACUACAGCCGGGAUCGGGGAGAAGCCUACUAUGACACAGACUACCGGCAUUCCUACGAAUAUCAUCGGGAGAACAGCAGUUACCGCAGCCAGCGCAGCAGCCGUAGGAAGCACAGACGGCGGAGGCGGCGCAGCCGGACAUUCAGCCGCUCAUCUUCGCAGCACAGCAGCCGGAGAGCCAAGAGUGUAGAGGACGACGCUGAGGGCCACCUCAUCUACCACGUCGGGGACUGGCUACAAGAGCGAUAUGAAAUUGUAAGCACCUUGGGAGAGGGGACCUUCGGCCGAGUUGUACAAUGUGUUGACCAUCGCAGAUUCCAGCAAAAGCCUCUCCUGCCAUCCUAUAGGGGUGGAGCUCGAGUUGCCCUGAAGAUCAUUAAAAAUGUGGAAAAGUACAAGGAAGCAGCUCGACUUGAAAUCAAUGUGCUGGAGAAAAUCAAUGAGAAGGACCCUGACAACAAGAACCUCUGUGUCCAGAUGUUUGACUGGUUUGACUACCAUGGCCACAUGUGUAUCUCCUUUGAGCUUCUGGGCCUUAGCACCUUCGAUUUCCUCAAAGACAACAACUACCUGCCCUACCCCAUCCACCAAGUGCGCCACAUGGCCUUCCAGCUGUGCCAGGCCGUCAAGUUCCUCCAUGAUAACAAGCUGACACAUACGGACCUCAAGCCUGAAAAUAUUCUGUUUGUGAAUUCAGACUACGAACUCACCUACAACCUAGAGAAGAAGCGAGAUGAGCGCAGUGUGAAGAGCACAGCUGUGCGGGUGGUAGACUUUGGCAGUGCCACCUUUGACCAUGAACACCAUAGUACCAUUGUCUCCACCCGCCAUUACCGAGCACCGGAGGUCAUUCUCGAGUUGGGCUGGUCUCAGCCUUGUGAUGUGUGGAGUAUAGGCUGCAUCAUCUUCGAAUACUAUGUUGGCUUCACCCUCUUCCAAACCCAUGACAACAGAGAACAUCUAGCCAUGAUGGAAAGGAUCUUGGGUCCUAUCCCUUCCAGGAUGAUCCGAAAGACAAGGAAGCAGAAAUAUUUUUAUCGGGGUCGCCUGGAUUGGGAUGAGAACACAUCAGCUGGGCGCUACGUUCGAGAAAACUGCAAACCACUUCGGCGGUAUCUGACCUCAGAGGCAGAGGAACACCACCAGCUCUUCGAUCUGAUUGAAAGCAUGCUAGAGUAUGAACCUGCUAAGCGGCUGACCUUGGGCGAAGCCCUUCAACACCCUUUCUUCGCCCGCCUUCGGGCUGAGCCACCUAACGCCAAGUUGUGGGACUCCAGUCGGGAUAUCAGUCGGUGACGAUCAGGCCCUGGGCCCCUCUGCCACUCUAACAGCAGUGGGUGUCCAGUCCAGGACACUGGUGCUUUUUUAUACAAGAGAACAGAGCCGGAGCCCACUUCUUCCUACUGGCUCCCUAUGUACCUGUGAAUAUGUGAAAUAGUGUAAAUAUGAAAGAACUUGGACCUAUCACUUCAACCCCUGCCUUGUACAUAAUGCUAUUCCAUCUCACACUCUUCCCACCCUCACUUGCCCCUUCACAGAUGAGUUGGAUGGGGGCAGAAUGAGGUAACCAGAUGGCAUCUAUCCCAUGUUUUAUAAGGAAUUUUGUACAGUCUUUGUGAAAUAAAAUGACGUGCUUCAUCUGA